AUGCCUCCAACUCAGAAGAUGAUCACACACUCACUGCUCUCAGCAACGAAUCUCUUACCGGAAAAACAAAUGCUCGAUUCGGCUCCAAACGAGAUCCGUCGCCUAAACCGUUUGCGUUUAAAGGUGAAGUGCACGCCAUUUCCCAAGAAUAGGCCGAGUGUCCAGUACAGUCCAAAGAGUCCAGCUAGGAGAUUCUUUGGCUCAUCAGGGUCUUCACCGGCCCCUUCUCCUUUGUCCCCAUCCUUUUCUAUCGAUGCUCUGAAGAACUCCUUGCGACCAGACAAGCAACGCUCUGCUCAGCAUUCACAACCAGAUGCUAUCGAGGUAGAAAUCCGAGUUCGUGCAGCUGACUCGCGAGAGUCCAUCGCUAGUAGCUUGAGUGCUUCAUGCAGCUACGAACCGGGGCAGUCGAUGAUCGUAAAGGAUGUUCCUGCCGUUGCUGAGGCAGCCACUGGAUGGCAGAAACUGCCUCCUAGGUUGCCGAUUCCGAAGUGGGAUGUCGAUGAUUGA